AUGGUCUAUCUCAAGGUAUCAGCUCAGAAAGGAAAGGAUCGUUUCGGCAAAGUCGGGAAGUUAGCAGUUCGUUUCAUUGGUCCAUACCGGAUCAUUGGAAGAGUAGGAGAAGUAGCUUACAGGCUAGAGCUGCCAGAAGACAUGAAUUUACACCCUGUAUUUCAUGUAUCUAUGCUGAGAAGGCACAUUCGAGAUCCUGAUUCUAUCGAGCCUGUGAGAAUCCCAGAGCUUAGGACAAAUCUCACAUAUCCAGAAGGGCCGAUACGCAUCGGGGAACGACGUUUGAAGAAGCUGAAGAAUAGGGAGAUUCCUCAAAUCCAAGUCUUUUGGGGAAGACAAAACCGCUUGGUGAUAACAUGGGAAGAUGAAGACAGAUUUCGUCAGAACUAUCCAGAGUUCUUCGAAGAUGAAGCGGCGACGUCAUCAGCACCUUGGAAUUCGGGGACGAAUUCUAAUGAGUGGGGGAGAAUGUAA